AUGGACAAAGAAAAAUAUUUAAAAAAAACAGUAGAGGUAGAAAAGGCAGGAUCAGAUACUGGUAGCGGCGGAAAUCGAUCGCGUGGGACGUCUUCCGCUAGGAAACGUCCAGUGUGCCGAUCGUCAGACGAGGAAGGCCUGCCGGCCCCCAAGUUGCCGACUUCGGGGAGGGGUCGGCAGGCAUCGAGAGGGGCGAGUACUUCGCAGCCGCGGAGGGAUAAGCACGGACGGUUCGUGUGCUCCAAUACCUCGGCGGCUAGCGAAGCAGAUAGUGACAUGGGGUUCACUACGGAGGACCCUGGCGAUGGCGGUGAAAGCUGUGCCUCGCUGGGGAGCUCAAAGGCGGAGCUCAAUGCCGCCAAGAGGGAGCAGCGCAAAGCCGUCGCGGCCGACGAAGUGUCGGAAAUGGCCCGACGUGCUCGCGAGCGACGAGCUGCUCUUGCGGCGGAAGGGGGAGAGCCAUCUGCGGUGGCCUUAAGCCAGCUGGCUUUGGAUGGGGUGGACUUAGUCCUGAAGGUUGCCACCAAGUCCGGCAGCCUGAAGGGCACGUUCACCCGUGGCUUAAAGGAGGCUGCCGCGGAUAUCAGGGAGGCGGUUGGCAUCCUCCUCAACAGGACGGCCUCUGACGAGGUCGCAAAGUUACAGGAGGAAAACAGCCGCCUCAGAAAUGACUUGGAGGACCUCCGGCGGCAAGUUGCUGCGCUAAGCGAGCAGCAGCAGCAACGCACGUCCAGCGAUGCCGCACCUGUAGUGGACCCGACUCCCGCACUGCGACCGGCAAGCCCUCGUACCGACGAAGAGGUCGAGCGCAUUGUCCGGCUCUGCAUGCUCCAGUGCGGGAGCAUGGUUAACGCUCGGCUGGAGGCAAUUUCUCAGCGUCUCCCGGUGGAAAUCCUCCGUCCGCCUUUAGCGGCUGACACGCGGAGGACUGAGGAGCCGCCGAGACUUGCGCCUCAAAAGGGGAAGCCCGCGGAGGGUAACAAAAAGCCCGCGGAGGGAGCUCCUCCGAGCAACCAGCCCACGACUGCCGGGUCUAAGGGUGAGACCUGGGCGAAAGUCGUGGGCCGCAAGAAGGCCCGCAAAGCCACCAAGAAGGCCGCAGCAGCCGCAUGUGCCCCAGGUGGAACCGCAAAGACGGCUCCUAAACCUGCACAGCGGACUGCCAAAGGCGGUCGCAAGAGACCGGCUGUACAUGUUCCGCGGUCCAACGCCGUAACAAUAACGUUGCAGCCUGGAGCUGUGGAGCGUGGCGUGACGUACCAGUCGGUCAUCGCCGAGGCCAAGGCCAAGAUCAAAUUAUCUGAUCUUGGCCUUCAGUCCGUAACCCUCAGGCAGGCUGCCACGGGUGCACGACUGUUCGAGGUGGCUGGCACUGUGAGCGGCAGUGCCGAAAAGGCGGACGCACUUGCCGCCAAGAUGAGGGAGGUCCUCAACCCAGAGGACGUCCGGGUCUCCAGGCCAAUGAAAACCGCAGAGGUGCGGAUUGCUGGCCUGGACGACUCCGUGACCUCAGAGGAGGUGGUGGCGGCCGUUGCCAGAAGCGGAGAGUGUCCGCCGGACAAGGUGCGGGCUGGCGAUAUACGCACCGACGCCACCGGACUCGGCGCGGUCUGGGUUCGGUGCCCUGUAGCGUCGGCAAAGAAGAUCGCCGAUAGCGGCAGAUUGCUGGUAGGCUGGGUGGCGGCAAGGACCAAGCUCUUACAGCCCCGGGCUUUGCAGUGCUUUCGGUGUCUGGAAAAAGGGCACGUCCGGGCGAAGUGCACCGCCGAGGUUGACCGUAGUGACCUCUGUUAUCGCUGCGGCCAGCCUGGCCACAAGGCUGCCCUGUGCUCCGCGGCGCUCAACUGCAGCCUUUGUUCUGCUGCGGGAAGGCCAGCGGAACACAGAGUAGGCGGAAGGGCUUGUGGGGCGCCUGCCAGCAAGAAAAAGAAAAAGGAAAAGAAGAGGAGCACUAAGCCUGCCGGGUUAACCUCGCUGCCCUCGCAGGCUAGCAGCUCCGCGGCCGACUCCCGGCCCAGGACCGGCAACAUCAACCACUGUGCCAGAGCUCAGGAUCUCCUACUCCAGAGCAUGGCAGAGUGGUCGAUUCACGUGGCUGUGGUCGCCGAACCGUACUUCAUUCCCGCCCGUGACAACUGGUUGGGAUGCGCUGACGGUUUGGUGGCCAUUAUUGGCGAGACUCUGAGCGACCCGUCUCGGGGCCGCGGCUGGGUUGCUGCGGUCUCGGGCGGCAUCGUUAUUGUAGGGGCGUAUUUCUCCCCCAACAAGAGUCUCGCCGACUUUGAGGGUUUCCUUGUCGAGUUGGGCGCCGUCGUAGGCCGCUAUCACCCUCGUCCCGUUCUGGUGCUCGGGGAUCUCAACGCCAAGUCAUCGGCGUGGGGAUCUCCGGUCACUGACCCUCGGGGCGAGGUGUUAGAAGAGUGGACGGUGACGACUGGUCUGGUCGUCCUGAAUCGGGGUUCGGAAUACACAUGCGUGCGGCAGCGGGGUGGGUCGAUAGUGGACGUCUCGUUUGCUAGCCCCUCUGUCGCCAGCCGAGUCCGCGACUGGCGUGUCGCCGCAGAGGUGGAGACGCUGUCGGACCAUCGGUAUAUCCGGUUCGACGUCUCUGCCCAGACUGCGAGCGGCCGCCAUCCAACAACCCCGAUUAACGACGGCCCGCGUUGGGCGCUUAAGCGCAUCGACAGGGAACUACUCGAAGAAGCUGCCCUAGUCCAGUCCUGGAUUCGGGAGUCGACGACGGACGGCCCCGUCGACGUCGAAGCGGUGGCGCUAUGGUUUCGCGGGGCGAUGACGCAGAUCUGCGACGCGUCCAUGCCCCGUGUCCACCAACGGUCCGCAAGGCGCCAGGUGUACUGGUGGACCGCCGAGAUCGCGCAAUUGCGCAUAGCGUGCGUUGCGGCACGUCGCCGGUACACCCGAUACCGGAGGCGGCGUCGACGGGAUCCCGCCGAGGAGGACGCGCUGUAUGAGGUGUACCGCGCGUCUAAGGAGACUCUGUGGCUGGCCAUCGGCGACUCAAAGUCGCGUGCCAGGGAAGAGCUGCUGGGAUCCCUAGAUCGGGAUCCGUGGGGGCGCCCCUACCGUUGGGUACGGGGCAAGUUGCGUCCCUGGGCGCCUCCACUAACACAAACGAUGCAACCCCAGUUGCUAGAGGCGGUGGUAUCGGCUCUCUUCCCUGAGCGAGUGGGACACGUUCCCCCGGCGAUGGCUUCGCCCUCAGCCAUAGACUCUCCAGAAGAGGAGAGCACCGAUGUCCCCGAGGUGACGCAAACAGAGACGAGAGUGGCCGUGUCGCGACUCCGGGCUAAGAACACAGCGCCCGGACCCGACGGAGUUCCUGGUCGAGCUCUCGUCCUGGCUCUGAAGGAGCUAGAGCCCCAGCUGAGAGGGCUCUUCACGGCAUGUCUCGAGCAGGGUCAGUUUCCCAGUGUGUGGAAGGAGGGGAGGCUAGUCCUGCUCAGGAAGGAGGGGCGCCCCGCGGACUCACCGUCCGCGUACCGGCCCAUAGUGCUGCUCGACGAGGCGGGCAAACUUCUUGAGCGCAUCAUCGCAGAUCGCCUCGUCAGCCACUUGUGCAGAGAGGGGCCGGACCUGGACGAGAACCAGUUUGGUUUUCGUCGCGGGCGCUCCACCAUAGACGCUAUUACGCGCGUGAGGGCCCUGGCGGAGGAGACAGUAUCCCGGGGUGGGGUGGUGCUGGCGGUGUCCUUAGACAUCUCCAACGCCUUCAACACCCUACCCUGGAGUUGUAUUCGGGAGGCGCUGAAUUACCAUCGCGUGCCUCCCUACCUCCGCCGCACAAUAGGGGCUUACCUUGAGGAGAGAUGCGUUACCUAUUGGGGACGUGACGGCGCUGGUCGGCGCGUUAUGUCGUGCGGUGUUCCGCAGGGAUCGGUCUUGGGACCGCUCCUGUGGAACAUCGGCUACGACUGGGUGCUGAGAGGUGAACUCCCGUCGGGCGCCGACUUGACGUGUUAUGCGGACGACACGCUCGUCACUGCCCGGGGGAGUUCGCACAGGGAAGCAGCGUUGGUUGCCACGGCUGCGGUGUCACAAGUAGUGAACCGCAUCCGGCGCCUGGGCCUGGAGGUGGCCCUAAAUAAGUCGGAGGCCAUGGUGUUCCAUGGCCCUCGACGCGCGCCGCCGCCGGGUUCACACAUCGUGGUCAGCGGGGCCCGGAUAGCUGUCGAGUCCACCAUGAAGUAUCUGGGAUUGGUGCUCGACAGCCGAUGGGAAUUCGGACCCCACUUCCGGCGGCUGGCGCCCAAGCUGAUGGGUGCAGCGGGCGCGCUAUCAACGUUGCUUCCCAACUUGGGGGGCCCGAGCGCCGCCUGUAGGCGGUUGUACGUGGGAAUCGUGCGGUCCAUGGCCCUGUAUGGGGCCCCUGUGUGGGCGAUGGACAUGACGGCCAGCACUCUCGCCAUUCUGCGUAAACCGCAGAGGGCGAUGGCCGUCAGAGUCGCCCGCGGGUAUCGCACGAUUUCCUACGAGGCGGCUUGCGUCCUGGCCGGAUCCCCGCCCUGGGACCUAGAGGCGAAAGUACUCGCGUCAUUAUAUCGAUGGCGCGAGGAAGAGCGGGCACGGGGCUCGAGGCCGGUGCAGCGGCAGAUCGCGCUGCGCCGAGAGGAGCUCCGUCAGGUCUUGGUGGCGGAAUGGCGGCAAAGGCUUCUGCGCCCUACCGCAGGCCUCGCUACCGUCGAGGCGAUCCGGCCAGUACUCGACGACUGGCUCGGGAGAAGGCACGGCUCCCUGUCGUUUAGGAUGACGCAGGUGCUGUCGGGGCAUGGCUGCUUCGGCAAGUACCUGCGCCGCAUAGACAGGGAGCCGGACGCUCGGUGCCACCACUGCGUCCAUUGCGGGGAGGACACGGCGCAACACACGCUCGCCGAGUGUGUAGCUUGGGAGGAGCAGCGCCGUGUCCUCACAAAUAAAGUAGGAGGCGAUCUGUCGCUGCCGGCCUUAGUGCAGAAGAUGGUCGGUAGCGCAGAGUCGUGGGAUGCAGUGGUGUCCUUCUGCGAGGACGUGAUGUCGCAGAAGGAAACUGCGGAACGGGAAAGGGAGAUCUCGACUCCCUUCCCCGGCCGCAGAAGGCGCACCGGGCGCAGGAGAAGGGCGGACAACGCCCUUUUCCGCCCCCCAUAA